AAAAACCUCCUCGUACAUAUAUACUGUACGCACUGAUCACAAUUUUGAAUGAGGAGAAAAUUGCAAUUUAGUGAAGGUAAUAUUGAAGUCACGCUUGUGAUUUGCUAUGUGGAAUCUCAAUCUACUAUACGGAUGUAGUGAGUUAACAACAUUUCAUGCGAUCUUUUCAGCAGUGCUGAGCUUCUAGCUUUCCGCCGUGUGUUUUUAGGUUCUCCUAACUACAAGAUACGUUGUGUCUUGCUAACUCUUUGUCAUCUGUAGUUAGUAGUAGGCUCCAGGAGCUCUUACGACACUAUGGCAGAACAGUCCUCAGCAGAGUUCCAGGAUUGCCAGGAUGAGAGUGAGCAGGAUGAAGAGAUGGAGGACGAGACCGAGGGAGACGUCAGGUUGAAGGGAACUGAUCAAACGCACGCAAGCAGCAGGAGCCAGGUUUCAUCAUUAAGGAAAGCAGAUCUGGAGAAAGUAGAAGGGUUACCUGGAAGUGUAGCAUUUUUCGACUGCGACCGUGAAGAGGAUGGUGGAGAAGGGGCGGAAGAAGAGCAAGAGAAGACCCUGGUCGGUAUCGAUGAAACAAUACUUGAUGAAGGCAGUGCUGGUAUUGCCAGUCAUUAUCCGACUGUUGGGAAAGGAGCAGGAGGGGUCAUUGCUGGGGUAACCCAGGCCCAUGAUGGAGAUACACUGGAAACAAAAGGGGGAAUGUUAGGAGAUGAUGAUGAUGAUAAGAUGAAGGAUGUAGAAUUCAGGGAAGUAGAGGAACACAAAGGGGUAGAUGAUGAUGAUGAUGAUGAUAACUCUGUGAGGAAGGUGAUAUCUAAAGAAGUGGAGCAUUUUGAAAAUGAUAAUGAUCAAGGUCUUCACCAAGCUACAAACUCCCAGAAUGUUUCAGGAGAUGCGAUUAAACCUGAGGAAGAGAAAGAAGAUACAGAGUUACUUCUUCUUGCAGCUAGACAUGGUGAUGCAUCAGGAGUACUCAAGCUGAUCCAGAAAUACAAGCAGUAUGGAGAGAACUGCACUUUCAGUGUCAAUUGCAAAGGUCAACAAAAGUCGAACCGAGGUUGGAACCCACUCCAUCUUGCUUCCUACUUUGGUCAUGAUAAGGCUGCCUUGGUUCUCCUGAGUAAUGGAGCUAACAUCAACUCCAUGAAUCCCAUGGGAGACACUCCUCUCCACAAAGCUGCCUAUAUUGGGAGAGAGGAUAUUGUACAGCUUCUAAUAGAGGGUGGUGCUGAUGUGUUUGCUGUCAAUGGAGAAGGGAUGUCACCCAAGGAAGUAGCACUUGGGUCAGAGGUCAAAAGAUUGCUUGAAGGUGCUGAACAAUCACAACAACUGAAGUCACAGCAGACUCUGCUACAUGCUGCAUCGGAAGGUGACCUUGAAACCAUCACAAAAAUGCUGGAAGGCCCAAGACCCCCCAAUAUAAACUGCACAGAUGUGAGCGGACAUACUCCUCUUCAUAGGGCCUGCUGCAGUGACCAGCGUGAGGCGGCCAUUUUGUUACUACAGAGCGGGGCAAAGACUGAUGUGAAGAAUUCCAAGGGUCAAACGGCUCUUGACCUAGCACAGUCAUACCACAUCAGACAGCUAGUGAGCCUUCGGCCAAUGAAGGUGGUUCAUAGCUAUGUCAAUAAAUUUGAAGGGCCAUUAUAUAGGGCUGGUAUGAUGAGAAGACGACACCUUUGGGUGGUGCUUGACCAGGGUAUGCUGAGUUAUUACAGGAACAGGGCUGAUGCAUAUGCAGGAGUGAAGCGACAAGGCUGUAAAAGUUUGGACAAUGCAGAUAUCAAAGUUAAUGUUGAUAAUGAUAGUAUGUUUGCCAUGAAGUACAAUGAAGGCUCAACACAUCUCUGGAUGCUGGAUGAGAAGUUCUCUAGUGACUUGACAAGAGAGAAAUGGAUUAGCGCUCUGAGGGAGCAUAGAUCUUACAGUGAGAGAUUGGCCAGUUCUUGCAUCAUCGCUGACUCUGACUCUGACGAUGAAGAAGAAGGAGAAAAUAAGAAGAAACUGCUUGCAUUAAGCUCCAUUCAAGAUACCUUGAAGAAUGCCCAAACAAGACACCACCUUGUGGAGGAGAGCAUCAGGAAUCUGUCGCAAUGGAUGGACGGACUUAAAGGCGACACCAGUAACAGUAUCAACCUGUCAGAGCUGACCAAAAGACUUGAAGGCAUCGUUGAUAGAUCACAUGAAGCAUGUAGCGCCCUCUCUAGUUGCAUGGCUGUAAUGUCCGGCCAGGAAGAGCUGCGUAACCUUCAAUUGAGGCAAGAGCAAGAGCGGAUCCGCAACUUGCAGGACGCUCUCCACGCCCUCGCACGGCAGCACGACAGACUCGAAGUCUUCUCCGCGAGCUUCUCCGCAAGCCCCGGGCUCAAUAACUUCCACGAUACCCAGGAGUUUGACUACGACGACCAUGAGUUCCACAGUGUGAUGGACUCUGGGAGCCGAGGCAGCAGCCCGACGGGUAGCUUUGAUGACCGACUGAGCGACGUUGAGAGCUUCUACAGCGUCAGGAUGGAUAACCCUGAGCAAAGGUCGCCAACAGAGGGCGCCUUAGUUCAGAGUAGGAUAUCGGCGGAUUCUGAGAAUCAUUCGAACAGUAAACAGCAGAGCAAGGAAGACCUUGUUGUUUCGUCAAACAAUGGAGAUUGCAAUAUAACCAAAAGUAGAGACUUGGGACAAAGUGAUGUGUUUACGUUUGGCAGUGUGCCUAAUAUUAUCAUUCCAGGAUGUGCAAGAGUAAGAUUACCAGCCCCCAUGUACAGACGAGACCACAUGACCUUAUGGACAGUACUAAAACAAUGCAUCGGCAAAGAACUCUCCAAGAUCACUAUGCCUGUCGUCUUCAACGAACCCUUAAGCUUUCUCCAAAGAUGCUGUGAAUACAUCGAGCAUGCCCACCUCCUCGUCAAGGCCAGCAUGUCUGACGACCCUCUCGACAGGAUGAAGUAUGUAACAGCCUUUGUUGUUUCUGCAUCAGCUUCAAAUGUAGACAGAUUUGGCAAACCUUUCAAUCCACUCUUGGGAGAAACGUACGAGUUAUCAAGAGAUGACAUUGACACCAAGAUGCUGUUAGAGCAGGUCUCCCAUCAUCCGCCCGUCAGUGCCUUCCACGCCAGCUCGCCUCACUUUGAGUUCCACGGUGCUGUCCAUCCUAAACUCAAGUUCUGGGGCAAGAGUAUGGAGGUCCAACCCAAAGGUGUCGUUACCAUCAAGCUUCCAAAACAUGGUGAAUCAUACACCUUUCACAACGUCCUGAUGUGUGUUCAUAAUCUCAUCGUGGGUAGACUCUGGAUAGAGCAGUACGGCACACUAGAGAUCAUCAAUCACAAGACGGGGCUCAAGAGUGUUCUUAACUUCAAACCGGCUGGCUGGUUUGGUCGGGAUCUCCACAAAAUUGAGGGUCAUAUCUCAGACAAGCAGGGGAAGAAGCUGUGCUAUCUGUAUGGCAAGUGGACAGAGUACAUCUGCGCUGUUCAGAAAGAUACUCCUGAAAGCAGGAAGGAGGAGAAGAAGAGGAAAGGAAGAGCAAGUGUAUCAGAAAAGAGUCCUCCAAGUUCACCAGGAGCAGGGAGUGAUCCAGUCGGCGAUGGACCAGACAAGGACUCUCAGAUCUUAUGGCAAAAUCUAACCAGGCCUGAAGAAUCAUCACAAUACUAUUCCUUCACAUCAUUUGCAAUGAGACUCAACGAAAUCGGCGAAGGAACGAAGCAAGCACUACCAUGUACCGACAGCAGGUUGAGACCAGACAUCAGAUUAUUAGAAAAUGGUGACAUAGAUGGAGCAUCAUCUGAGAAACACCGUCUUGAGGAGAACCAGAGGGCGAGGCGGAAGCACCGGAAUAAGAGCAAAGAGACCUGGUCUCCUCUCUGGUUUAAGGCUGAUGUCAACAGCUUGACCGGGGAACAGGACUGGCUCUACAAGGGCACCUACUGGGACAGGAACUACUCAAGCUGUCCAACUAUAUUUUGAAGUGCAGGUGAACCUGUGUAGAAAGACUGCCCAAGGGAAUAGGUAAACGUGGCCGAUCUUUAUGGACAGGUUGUUCAUAUUGUAGAGAAAGUAGAAACCUGAAUGGUCUUUAUUGGAAGGGUAUCAUAAUAUUUUCAAUGUAGGUGCUCCUGUGUAGGGGAGGGUGGUGGUAGGGGGGGGGGGCUUUCUAUUAGAAUCAAGAAAAAGUGUUCUUAAUAGACAGGUUGAUGUAAAGAAGAAGAUCCCUAAUGGAGAAUAAGAAAAGGAGCCUCUGUAGACAGGUGACCUACACUGCCAAGAGAUAUCUGACAGGGAUAGACCAUUAAAGGGAAACAAGAAAAGUGGCCUUUUUAUGCAGGUUGUACAUAUCACUGGCUUAAAUUAAUCAAAAUAAAAAAUCAUGAUGGUUUGUGAUUACUAGAUAGAGCUAUGAGUGUUCAAGGAAAUAAAUUUCUUCAAUUAAGAAGUCUUUGGCCAGGUAAGAACAAGCAUAAAUUAUGAGGGAAAAGCAUUCUUCAAUCUGACCAGUAGGCCAUUAUAAUCUGAGACUGAUGCCUUCUCCUGUAU